UGAAAAUACUCUUGACUAAUGAAAUCAUCGAACCUGAGCAAAGAGCUGGUCGUAAGUUACCUGACGUUCGACCAUAUGAUAUUCGCUCUGAUGUUAUUGAUCCAACUAUUUAACGCUGCAUAUGACAUUUAUGCUGCUGGAACAGUCAUGACACAACUUGGAUCUAGGAGAUCACUUACCUUUUUGCACAGGUUUAUCUGGAUGGCUAUACUCUCAUGUAUUGUGUCUGUUCUAAAGAAGCAAAUGAGGUUGCCGACUAGUAAAGAAUUACCUCACCUACUCUUGGCUGGAGUUUUACACUUGUUUUUGGGGUAUACUUUAUUUGCGAAGACUACUUAUAUCUUCGAUCUUCAUAUAGUGAUCUUGUGGCAGCCUAUUUUCCCAGUUAUCAUCAUGAGCUGUGCUAUCUUCUUGAGGAUGGAUAAAUGGACUCCUUUUAAGAUUGCAGGAGCUGUAGUGUCGAUAGUUGGUUGUAUAGGGCUAAUAAUAUCGAUCAAUAUUUUCGGAGAAGAAUUCCAUCUGAAUUUUUUUAUCUUACCUCAUAUCAUUGCAGCAGCUGUUGGUGCAAUCAAUUUAAGUCUCUCUCUGAAGGGAGGGAUGCCAAUUUUCACCUUCUGCUUCUGGAUGGCUAUUGUAGGUGCUAUAUGAUGCUUUGCGUACUACUCUUUGCAGUACUCUCUUCACCCUACCCCUCCAUUCUUCAGCUAUACUUACCAGUUGGGCUUACUAAACAUGGGAAUGACUUUCUCUAUCAGAGUAAUUCUUGAUACAGUUGGAGAGUCGAUUUUCAUCUACAUCGUAUCAAAGAAUCAGAUUGUGCUAGCUUCAGUAUACUCCUCUCUAUUUUCGAUAUUUGUGAUCAUUAUAUACAUUCUUCAGAGACAUUAUUCAUGGUUCUUGUUUCCCUACAUGUUCAUGGUUUAUCUGGGUUUCACACUCAUUACUUAUGAUAAAAAGAGGAUUUCUAAAAUCGAGAUCUCCAAAACUGUAAGUUUCAGGUACUAUGCAAAACUUGAUUGUGACCAAGAUGCUAGGCUUAGCAAUAACUUCGCGUUAGACACAGGUCUUAUCGAACACAAACUGCUCAAGACAAGAAAGAGCAUCUCUAUACAUCCAAACACAGGAUUAUCUAAAACUACUUGCACAGUAAGAUCCUCUUUGCUGCUGAGCAAGGAUAAGUUAGAUCAGAUGAAGCCGUCCAUGUUGAACAAAUCAAGAAGAGGUCAACCAAAAUGACAGUAUAGGACGUCUUUGAAUUAGGUUAUUUCUUUUAAAGUUCUAAAACAA